AUGAACAAGGGGAAUUACACAGCUGUGACUGAAUUUUUUCUGAUGGGGCUUUCGCAUUACCCAGGCCUCCUGCUAGCUCUUUAUGUGCUCUGCCUGUCAAUGUACCUGGUGAUCCUGUUAGGAAACAGUAUGCUCAUUAUUGUUAUUAUCCUGGAUUCCCGCCUUCAUAACCCUAUGUAUUUUUUCCUUGGAAAUCUCUCAUUUUUGGACAUCUGCUACACAACCUCAAGUAUCCCUCAAAUGCUGAUAAUUGUUAUGUCUGAGAGAAAAUCCAUCUCCUUCCUUGGAUGUGCCAUGCAAAUGGUUAUUUCUCUUGGAUUGGGUUCCACAGAGUGUAUUCUCCUGGCAGUGAUGGCUUUUGACAGGUAUGUAGCCAUCUGCAAUCCACUAAGAUACACCAUCAUCAUGAGCAAAAGACUCUGUGCACAGAUGGCUUCUUGGACAUGGAUAACAGGGUUUCUGAUAUCUCUGGUGCAAACUCUGCUUGCCCUUAUAAACCCUUUCUGUGGAAAUGUCAUUGAUCACCUUAGCUGUGAAAUUUUGGCUCUUCUCAAGCUUAUUUGUGGAGACAUCUCCCUCAAUGUGCUUAUCAUAACAAUUGGAAGUUUUAUUGUUUUAAUUCCUCCUCUACUGCUCAUUUUGUUUUCCUAUAUUUUCAUCAUCUCCACCAUCCUGAAGAUCAACUCUAGUGAAGGGAGGAAGAAAGCAUUUUCUACUUGCUCAGCCCACCUAACUGUGGUGAUUUUGUUCUAUGGCUCAGCCCUUUUCAUGUACAUGAAGCCCAAGUCCAAGGAUACUAAGACAUCUGAUGAGCUCAUUGGGAUGUCCUAUGGAGUUAUCACCCCAAUGUUGAAUCCCAUUAUCUAUAGUCUGAGAAACAAGGAGGUAAAAGGAGCUGUGCAGAAAUUCCUCAUUAGAAGUAAAUAUUUCAAAAGAAUGUGAAAUGUUCUAAGAUUUAUAGUUGGUUUGUAAUUUGUUGUGUAUAUAGUGUUUGAUAUUCAAUGAUAACAUUACUCUCUCUGGUGUCAAGCUUAUUUUUGUUUAUGCAAAGCUUAAAGUAUGA